CUCCAUGACCAACUUUGAGUUUUAUAUAUUUGUUUGAAUGGUUUUGACUUGGCGCAACAAGUGUUUAGCCCACUGAAACAACCUGUGUUGGCUACAUACCAACCAGGACGCAGCACGCCAACUACAUAAAGGUAACUAAGGACUCGGAAAUUCCCUCGGCAUACCGUGAUGCACUAUAAACACCGCUACUAACUGCUGUAAACACAGCUGGGGGCGCACAUCACAGCUAUUAAAACCGCAGGUCGGGAAACUCACCGCUAUAACACCGCAGGGAGCGCACGGUGUGCACCUCACAGCCACACUUGGACUUCGGACCUCGGACCUCAAAAUCCCAACAUAAAGAGAAUUCAAGAGAAUUAAACUACGAUGGAUUCGAGGAAAACGAGCAACGCCUCUGCGUCUAUAGAACAAGGCCAUGAUGACGACGCUUCCAUCUCCCGGAGCGACACAAGCGUUGAAGGGGAGACCCAGGUUGACGGCCCAUCCCGCGCUCUGGAACAUCUGGACCUAGAAACACUGGUCGAGUAUCUGCAAGUGGAACAGGACGCCUCUGCCAGCGUUGAAGACCUCAUCAAGCGGUCAGCGGUGAAGCACUUCCCCUCGCCGCCACCAGGGGGCGACGGUGUGUUAACCCCGGAGCUGCUGAGGGAACACCUGAACGUUGUGAGGCGGGCCGUGCACGACGAGCUGCAGCGGCUGAACCCUCUGCGCGAGAAGUUCAAGAACCUGGCCGGUCUGGUGCCGUCGUACCACCGCCUCGCGAUGGACCUCGUGCACACCCUACUCAAGAGGAUCUCGUCUCCACAACAGGCCUUUGUGCUCCUGGAGUGGCUCUGCAACACUUACUUAAGUCUGGGGUUCAUGGGAGACCCAGACUUCAGUGAGAGCAAACAGAGGAGUUCCGUGGACAUGCACUUGUACUCUGCGACGGUUGAAUGCGUCAACCAAACCCUCCGGACCACACUGGAGGAAGUCAAGAGUUCUCUGGAUGAGAUCAUUAAGCGCCAGGAAUUCGAGUUUUGGAGGUCCUGGGAACUCCACAAAGACGUCAUUAAGUGCAUCGAUGGACCGAUUGUCAGAGCGGAGUCCGUCAGUGAGAACGUGCAGGAGUUCACCCGGCAGGUCUGCAACCCCAAACUCCUGGAGUUCCUAGAGACGUUGAACACGGCCAAACAGAAACUUCUGAAAAGAUACGAGAAAGAUCCCAAGCUGAAAGUGGAGACCUGCCUUAAGACACUCAACACGCUCCACGGCCUUGUGAACUACAUCCAACCCUCCACUGAUGGAGGGACCAAGGACCUCCCAGCUGAGAAGACCCUGUCCUCACUGAGGACAUUGAAGACAGACGCCCAGGCGUCCAUGGAAGAGGCUGUCGUUAAGAUCAUCAAGGAACGCCUGAAUGGACAUUUCAAGAGCAGAGAGGAGGAUUUUCUGCUGAACGAGAUGCAGAAGAUGUUCAGGGCUGAAGGCUGUUGUCCAGACGUCCAGAAGGAGGCUCUUGACCUGGCCUAUGAGCGGGUGAGCACCUUGUACCUGUACCAGCUGGCCAGCACCAAGAAGAAGAAGGAGCUGGAGAAGCGAUGGGGUCGUGACGUGGGUCAGAAAGUGACUCAGGACGCACAACAUCUUCAUAAGAUCUUCUCAGACCUGCACCCUGGUGUCGGACAACAGAACCAUGUGCUCCUGAAGGUGGAGGAGCUGAUCCAGAGCCAGGACGUGGACUCAGUGAAGAUCACCCUCUCUGAGAUGAUGCAGCUCUGCCAGUCGAAGAAAGUUAAGAAACUGUGUUCUGCUCUGCUGGAGUGGAAAGGAGGUCUCUCCGUCGAGCAGGUCAAAGAGGUCUUGGCUUGUGUCGAGGUUCUGUCCACCAGAGACACCAGUGACUCUACUGGGACGUCGGGACCAGAGUAGAAAACGAUUUGAGCUGUGCUGGCUGGAGACAACAUGAAUGUAUGAAAUAGAUGACCCAAGUUCUACUUUAAGACGCACCACCUGGUGGGGACUCUCGUGAUUUUCCUGCUGGUGAUGCUGAGGGGUUUGUCCUUAGAUCUCUAUGCAAAAUUGUAAAUAUCAAUUAAUAAAUGAUUGUUUUCCUUCAAAUUAAAUAUCAGUUUACAGCAAUGAAUCAAUAAAGAAUGCGAUGGAUGCAUGCAGCAUGACGGUGUGUAUAUAUUCUCUCAGACCAAAGAAACUG